CGCAGUGUCCCCGGGCCAAAAUGGCUGCGUGGUGUUCCCCACGCUGGUUGAGGGUGGCAGUGGGGACCCCCCGGCUGCCGGCUGCAGCGGGGAGAGGGGUCCAGCAGCCCCAGGGGGGCGUAGUGGCAACAUCCGUGUGUCGCAGGCUGUGCGUCUCUGCCUUCGGGCUGUCCACGGGCGCUCACGGCCCCCGGGCGCUGCUGACAUUGAGACCCGGUGUCCGCCUCACAGGAACAAAAAGUUUCCCUUUUCUUUGUACCACCUCCUUCCACACAAGUGCUUCUUUGGCCAAAGAUGAUUAUUACCAGAUACUGGGAGUGCCCCGAAAUGCCAGCCAGAAAGAUAUCAAGAAAGCCUAUUAUCAGCUUGCCAAGAAAUAUCAUCCAGACACAAAUAAGGAUGAUCCCAAAGCCAAGGAGAAGUUUUCCCAGCUGGCAGAAGCUUAUGAGGUGUUGAGUGAUGAAGUGAAGAGGAAGCAAUAUGACGCUUACGGCUCUGCUGGCUUUGACCCUGGGGCCAGCAGCUCUGGGCAGGGCUACUGGAGAGGAGGUCCCUCUGUUGAUCCCGAGGAGCUUUUCAGGAAGAUUUUUGGGGAGUUCUCAUCUUCUCCUUUUGGUGAUUUCCAGAAUGUGUUUGAUCAGCCUCAGGAAUACAUCAUGGAAUUGACAUUCAACCAAGCUGCUAAGGGUGUCAACAAAGAGUUCACUGUGAACAUCAUGGAUACCUGCGAGCGCUGUGACGGCAAGGGGAACGAGCCUGGAACCAAAGUGCAGCAUUGCCACUACUGCGGCGGCUCCGGCAUGGUAAGGAUGGGAGUUGAAGAUGGUCAGACUGUAAGGAUGCCAGUGGGAAAACGAGAAAUUUUUGUCACAUUCAGGGUGCAGAAAAGCCCUGUGUUCCGGAGGGACGGUGCAGACAUCCACUCAGACCUCUUUAUUUCAAUAGCUCAAGCUAUUCUUGGGGGCACAGCCAAAGCCCAGGGCCUGUAUGAGACAAUCAAUGUGACGAUCCCUGCAGGGAUUCAGACAGACCAGAAGAUUCGCUUGACUGGGAAAGGCAUCCCCCGGAUCAAUAGCUAUGGCUAUGGUGACCACUACAUUCACAUCAAGGUCAGGGUUCCAAAGAGGCUGAGCAGCAGGCAGCAGAGCCUGAUCCUGAGCUAUGCCGAGGAUGAGACUGAUGUGGAGGGGACGGUCAAUGGAGUCACCCACACAAGCACUGGAAAGCGGUCAACUGGAAACUAGAUGGAGCAGCAGCUCCUCUCCGUGGCCAGGGCAUCAGACACGGGAGGAUCCCAGAACGGCAGCACUGAGCCCCUGCUUACAGAUCCCUCUGAACCACCUAGCAACAGCGAAACUAUGUGACAACACUUCUCUGCAUAAAGUUUAUGGUGCCCUAGGCAGUGACAUUUGGCCUCAGGCUGGACACUGAGACAGGUGGAAAUACCCUGUCCAUUGGUAGGUGUCUUGCUUCUUCUGGUUCAGGCAGUGAAAACACUUGGACUCUUCUUGCAGCACUAAAACUAACCUGGAAUCGCAUGUAGUAGAGAGCUGAAAGAAUUAAAGACCCGUGCUUACAGCUUAAAAUGAAGCUUUAAGCUGCACCAUGUUGUGAAGUGAUUAAUUCCCUUUCAACAAACCUCAUGGAAGUUCUACAAUAUGUCCGUCCUGACAUGGCUCUUGUCUAGGAUCAGGACAGCACAUCCCACCAGCGCCAUCUUCCUGUACAGAGUGAGGUGUCUGUCGCUCCCCUUGGAGUUGUUGGGUUUUUUUGUUUUUUUUGUUUUUUUUUUUUUUUUUUUAGGCACCAAGUAGUUAGAAAGUGGGACUAGCAACAGCAGGUUCCAUUUCACCUCAAAUGGCAGCUUGCCUGGCAGUGAACUUAGAGUGUUCUAGUCUGAAGUAGGUGGGGUUUCCUGCCCUGUUGGACCAAAGUUACCAUGGUCCUGUGGGACAGCCUUCAGCCUCUGGAGACCCAGAGCUUUGCCAGCCAGGGCUUGGUUCUCCAUUUCCACUGCUGACAUUUGAUUUCCAGUGUAUUUAAAUUACUCAGUGGUAAGGUUCAUUGUCUUUUCCUGUGUAAAUGUUAAAUGACAAUAUCAUUGGUGAAGGCCCUCCACAGUGCACAGAGCAACUUCAUUUCCAGCCUCUGCUGGUAGCAUGUUGCAGUCUCUAUGUGUUAAAGGUCCUCUGGAACUAGUGUAAGACAGGCUAAUGAGGAACACUUUCUCUGUAGUUUCUUUCUUUUCAUUUAUAAUCUACAAAAGUAAAGCAUUUAUUAGUGUCUGAUUUAAGAAUGUAAAGUGAUUCUGUAUCAAUGUAAAUAAGAUG